AUGUGCUGCAGCGAGGCCCCGUUCUCCUCUGAGACGCUGACCCAGGACUACCUGCUCGUCCUGGUUACAGGCUUUCAGGAGGUGCUGCAGCGCAGCUGCCCCUUUGCUGCGGCAUUGACCCAGCUUCUACCGUACACGAUGGAAAACCUUGACCUGAAGAUCCAAGUCCUGGUACAUGAGAUGACCCCGAUUGCCCGGGCGAUGAGCCACGCAGGCGCCGAAUGGAGCAAUCUGCUUGCGAGUGAAUGGCCCGUCUUUGGGAUCCUGAACCGUGUUCGGGAGAUGCGUGUCACGUCGCCCACAGCCGACCCGUACUAUGCCAGCCUGGCCAAGGAUGCUGCGCUCUCGCCCGUGAUGGCCUUGGCUCAGCUCAAUGCCUCUGACUGUAUGAUGCGAGCCACUGCCAGGCUUCACUUGGCGCUCCAGGCCGACUUUGCCCCCAGUUUCCUCAAGUCGCCAGCUGCGCAGCUGGUAGAUGAUGCAGAGGGCCAGGCCGUGAAAUGCGUGCGAAAGCUGCAUCCUCGCCUCAAAGAGAAGCCUGAAUUCGAAGCCAACGCAAGCAAGCGGUCAGAGUUACAACGAAAUCGGUCAAGUCUUGUCACAGCCCCAUAUACCAUGGCGGCACCUGCCAGCCGCAGCUCGACAUUCUGGUGUUGGCUCCUGGCCUCAGCGCUACUUUUCGGCCAAGCCUCUGCGCAGGCCGUGCCUGCUCUGUGCAACAGCACGAGUGCUACGAACGUAGCCGAGCAUGAAGGCAACGUGGCUGUCCAGGCCAUGCUUCCCAUCUCGGUGUGCUUCGUGUUAUGUUUGAUGCUGUCCUCCUCCAUGGAGUCCUUCAACAUCACCUUCCUCCCAGAGUCCGCAGUCGUGAUUCUUGUUGGCCUGGGCCUAGGUGGCAUCUUCAUGUGCCACUUCGGGGAAGCCGGCUUCGGGACUGGGGCAGUGAUUCCGGUGAUUGGACCUCCAGCUGUGAAGUUCGCCUUCUUGCCGAUCAUUAUAUUCGAGUCUGGCUGGACCCUGCGAUGGAAAGAUUUCGCAUCACAAUUGGGCUACAUCCUCGUCUUCGCCAUCUUAGGCUCCGUGAUCUCCAUGCUGGUAGUGGGUGAGCUCAUUCUGCUCACCAGUGACUAUCACUCUAUACACCACCGCCGUACUGCCUUUGCCUACGGCUCGUUGAUUGCAGCCACCGACCCCGUCGCGACCUUGGCCACCUACGCGAGCUUGAAAGUCGAACCAGUGCUGAACGUCAUGGUUUUCGGCGAGUCGAUGAUCAACGAUGCUGUUGCCAUCGUUAUCUUCGAAAUUCUGAACAGUGACAAAAUUUUCGGCGACCCCUGCAACCCGGUCUCCCAAAAGGACAUCUCGCUGGCAGUGACGGCGGGAAUCUUUCAGAAGUUAGCCUACUCCAUUGGCCUCGGCGUGGCGGCAGCGAUGGUCCUGAUUUUGGGGCUACGAUUCGCCAGCUUAAAGCACUCGCAACUUAUGGAGAUCCUAUACAUUAUGGCAUCGGCUUACGUGAUCUACGCUGUGGCUGAGAAGCUACACUCCUCUGGGAUCAUCGCCACACUCUUCGGUUCCAUGCUCAUGGGCAUCUAUGCGAAGCCGCACCUUUCAGAUGAGGGCAACCUCUUGGCUACAUUCUUCGUCAAAGGCAUGGCCACUCUGGCAGACACCUUCACGUUCCUGAUCGUGGGUGUCGGGGCAGUGGCCGUUUGUGGGGAGCGCGCCAGUUGGAAGUUCAGCCUUUGGGUCAUGCUCUUCUGCAUCAUCGGUCGCGUUGCUGCUGUACUACCUUGUGGGGGCAUCGUUAACGCUGCGAAGACGGCCAUCGGACGACACAACAAGGCCCCCCGGGCAGACUGGUUCCUCCUAUCCUGGAAGCAUCUCUUUAUGAUGUGGCAUGCGGGUCUGCGAGGAGCAAUUGCUUUGGUCUUAUGCUGGGAGCUGGGAGAUUGGGUGGAUGAGACGGAAGGGCCGGGCAGCAAAGAGAUUCUGAUCACCAGCACCCUCGUGGUGAUUUGUGUCUUCCUGUUGGCUUUCGGGGGCACAACGCAAUGCAUGCUCCGCUGCCUGAACAUACGGAUGGGGGAGGAUAUGCCGGAGAAUCUCCUGACGGGCAACACCAUGCUCUCUUGCGCGCGGAACUGCGGCCAUGCUCUGGACAGACGGCUGCUGUGGCCCUGCUUGGUCGGCGGCCCGAACAGCAAGGAUGCCACUUUAGAGGAGCUUACACGCAGUGCCGUUCACGAAAUCCUGCAGGAGACAACCGUGGCACACCGAAGCCAGGCGUUCUUCCGCCGGAGUUCUUCGACACUUCGUAGUACUAUAUGUGCCGACGAGCUGGAGAUUGGGGAUUCGGCUCCUGGGCAUGCAAGGCAUGAGACUAACAGGCGACAAUGA